AUGAAUGGUCAACCUACAAUGAAUCCACCUCAACUCGCCGCUCCUGCUCCGUCACCAUGUGCUCCAAGUCUUGCGAAUUCUGGCCGAAAAACUUCUCUGGCGCCUCGUGAAAACUCAUUGGAGCCAAUGGAGCCAGCACAAAAACAGAGGAGACAACAUGCUCAAGAAAUGGAGCAUCAAGUGAAGGAAGGGAGCAGUCAAAGUUUAUCUGGACUAAACCAGGAACGAGAUUCUGAAGGAACGGACCGAUCAGUAAACCCAGCACCAGAAAGAAACGAUCUUCAAAAUUAUGACGUUGGAGACCAACCUAUGGAAAUCGAAGGAGUCCCGGAUGAAGCGGAGCCAAACGAAGAGCACAAUUCAAACAAUGAGCAACCGGUCGAUAACCAGGAAGUAAAUGAUUUGCUUCACCCGAGAGAACAGCCAGAGCAACACAUAAAGGAAAACUAUGAGACGGGUCCUCGACAGAAUGAAGGCCAAGAGCUCGACGCCAAUGUGGAAAACAACCAGGAGAUGGAUGAUGAAGAGCCGCAGGUUCCACCAGCUGGAGGGCUCAGAAGAAGUGCCCGCGAAAAGAAGCCUGUUUCUCAAAUAACCCCAAAAUACACCAAGAAACACAUCACCAAUCAAGUUCAAACCAGUUACGAAAGAUUCAAAGCAUUUGCUGGUUCCGGAAACGGCAAAAAAUGUAGAAAUAACAAGAAAUCCACUAAACCAGCAGAUAAAUGGUGA